GGCCGUGUGGACGGGGUGGGCGUCCUCUCCGUCGGGGCGGGGCCUGCGCUCCCCUACGGCGUGGCCGGGAGCGAGGUCCCGGCUUGGACGGGGGCGAGGAUGCACUGCACAGGGCUCCGGCCGCCCCGCUUGCAGGUCGGAGACGAAUACAUGACGAGCCCAGACGCACCUGCACGGACGGUGCCUCGUGGGACAAGACGUGGCGUGGGCGCCCGAGCCCUGCAUUGGUCCUGGGACGCCUUUAAUCCUCCGCACCUAGGACGAUGACUCAUGUGAGCGAUGGCGGCACAGCAGGGAGCAUUUUCGACCUGGACUACACGUCCUGGAAGAUCCGCUCAACGCUCGUGGUCGCCGGCUUCGUCUUCUACGUGGGCGUCUUCGUCGUCUGCCACCAGCUGUCAUCCUCCCUGAAUGCCACCUACCGCUCCCUGGUGGCCAGAGAGAAGGUCUUCUGGAACCUGGCGGCCACCCGCGCGGUCUUUGGCGUUCAGAGCACGGCCGCGGGCCUGUGGGCCUUGCUGGCGGACCCCGUGCUCCAGGCCGAUAAGGCGCGCGGCCAGCAGAACUGGUGCUGGUUUCACGUGGCGACAGCAACGGGAUUCUUUCUCUUUGAAAACGUCGCGGUUCACGUGUCCAACGUGCUCUUCCGGACGUUUGACUGGUUUCUGGUCGUCCACCACCUCUUUGCCUUCCUGGGCUUUCUCGGCUCGGUGGUCAACCUCAGAGCCGGCCACUACCUGGCCAUGAUCACGCUGCUCCUGGAGGUCAGCACCCCCUUCACCUGCGUUUCCUGGAUGCUCCUGAAGGAGUCUCAGCUUUGGGUCUUAUUUUUAAGACUUGAGUCCAUUCUGACUUGCCUUUUGUGUCUGGUGUGGGAACGUGGUCCCAUUUCGUUCCUUUGCACGUGGCUGUCCGGUCUCCCCAGCAGCACCUGUCAAAGGUACUGCCCUUGCCCCGUUGUCAGAAAUGGACUGACCAUACCUGGCGGAUUUCUCUCUGGGCUCUGCGUUCUGUUCCAUCGGACUGCGUGUCAGUGUCGGGCAACUUUGAUUAGCUUUGAGAUAGAGUUUGAAAUCAGGAAGUGUGAUGCCUUCAUCGUUGUUCUUCUUUCUCAAGAGUGACAUGACUAUUUGCGGUCUUUUAUGGUUUCCUGUGAAUUUGAGAAUUGUUUUUUCUGUUUCUGUAAAAAAGCAUCGCGAUUCUGGUAGGGAUGGCCGUUACAUCUGUAGAUCACUUUGGUAAACUUUCUAGUGAACUUUUCUGUUCUUCACCGUGUUCUCAGCUCCUUGAUUUCUGUCUGGUACUUGCUUUUAAACAUUUUUCUGUCUGGCUUGAAAUUCUCGCUUGUGGUCGUGCAUGUUGUUCUCGUGACUUCAUUGAGCAUCUUCGUGACAGUUGUGUGUAAUUCUCUGUCACGUAAACCCUUCAGUCCCGUCUCACCAAGGGGUGCUUUUGGAGGGUUCUCCUUGUUCCUUGGUUCAGAGCUCCGUUGCCUGGUCCCGCUCCCGGCUCCGUUGCUGUCUGUGCAUUAGACCAGGCCGGCACCUCUCCAGGUCUGCACACACUCCUCACGCGGGACACAACCCCGCUGGUCAGCCUGGCCCCAGGCUCUGGGGCAGAGCAGGCCGCUGUGGGGUCGACCAGCCAAGCCAUUGCCGCUGCUCCCCAUGGGCAGCCGGGCUCUGCCGGACUGUCAGAACUCCAGGACCGGCGAGCUCGAGGCCAGUCCUCCGGGAGCCCCUCGAAAAAGUUGGGGUGCUGGGCGCGUGCCGCAGCUCCUUCCUCCUCUGGGGUCUCUUCCUGAUCGUGUGGUGCAGGAGGGUGCCCUGAGUGCCCCUCCUGGCCGCGGCGAGUGUGGGCUCUCCUGCACAGGGGCCUCUCCAUCAGUGUCACGUUUCUCACGGAGGGAUUGUGUGUGUGAACGGUUGCUGAAUCAGUGUCUGUGGGGAGGGCGGAUCCAGGCUUCCUGCCCGCCGUCUCAGUGGCGGCUGUCCCACAUCGGGAUGGUUUUCUCGUGUUUUUGUUUCUGAAUAAGGUUGUUUAGGACCUGGAAAUGUUAUCUGUGUAUAUGUUUACUUUAUGUUUUUAAAAGCGUGUUUUUAAAAGAUGUGUGUCGUCUGUCUACAUCUUGAUUCUUAUUCUGAGAUCAAGAUGUUCAUGUUAAACUCUUAGAAUUAUACUGUAGCACAGAUUCUGGCCAUCUCGUAUGACACGUUCACAGCCUGUUUUACGUGAAACUUGACAUACAGCUUUUUGUUUUGUAAACGUCUACUGCAGUCAGCACACAUGGGUUGUGUCACUCCUGCGACACUGUGGUAAGCUUUGGGAGAAAACAGAGAAGUAGGAAACACCACACUGCCUUCAGGGUCCUUGGGGAUCGAUGCUGUACGCACACCAGAAGUGAAUUAGCAGUGUAAGUGUGCAGACUGUUCAUACGUACCUGGCCACGUGCCCGGCAGUCCCGUUGUCCCCCAGGGCCGCCCCACCCAGUGCCACAGGAGGACGUGGCAAUAGAGGGGCAGGUGCUGUGGAGGGGGACAGGGGGCCGGGCUGGCAGGUGAACCGGGGCAGGUGCGCGGGGCGCUACAGCAGCCGGGCAGUUUAAGCACAUGGACAGCUGCUCGUGGAUGGGGGGCUUGGGGAUGGCGUGAGGUCCUCGGACAGGAGUGAUCUGGGGGGAGGCUGGAAACCGUUAAUGGAGUGAAGGAGCGUUUCAACUCAGCCGAGCUCUGAACGGUCAUGGAAGCCGCUGGUCCAGGUGUGGGUCCUUUUAGGUAAGGUGCUGUGACUUGGGACCCGCCUACUCACACCACGUGGCUUUUCAGCGCUGCCCUCGUGGGUGUCCUCCCCACGGAGCGGGGCCUCCUGAGGACGGAGGGCAGGGGGAAGCUUCCCUGUGCCCUCUGGCUAUGAGCACGGCACCGGUGGCAUCGUGGCCAGGUAUGGACGGAGGGUGUGCGGGUCAGACAGGCAGUGGCCCAGCUGUCCUGUCUUCUCUGCCCCCUCACACGUGAGAACACCAGGCUUCACAGCAGACGUGGCUGCAGCGGGAAGUGACGUCCCCAAAAGGAGCCGCGUACGUCCGUGCACUGGGACACCGUGCCCCGUGGUGACUGGCACCACAACCCACAAGACGCGCGAGCUUGGGCUGUGAUUCGCGUGUUCUGAGAAGAUAGAUUAUUAGUUAUCUCAAAUUUUUGUCAUUUUUUGGAGGAUGCUCUUAAAAAGAAGAAAUAAAUCUUUCUCUUUCCUGUGCUCGGGCGGUCGGUGUCGAACGGCUUCACGGUGUCUUUCCAGACCUGUUUGUGCCCCGCCUGGAGCAGGGCUGCUGGGGGGUCUCCAGGUGUCUCUCUCCUCAGGUGUGCCGGGAGGCCCGGCCUUCGGUCCCCAGCAUCCCCACGAAGAAGGCGGACUCCAGCCGUGGCGGGGGGCACGGGCGACAGGCCUGGUUUGGGCUGUUGUCUGCGGUCUCUGCGGUUUGCCGGGCGCUGUGUACGCAGGAUGGAGAAGGGGGUCUUGGUGUGGUCGCUUCUCAACACCAUUCGCUGUGUUGACUCUACGGAGCAAGCAGGUCCCAGCGACAGAACCGUGCCCUAAAACGCGGUAGCUUAGGUCAGAAACUCUAGCUGUUUCCUUGCCGUUCACACGCUGCUGUAUGUAUGUGCCGCCCUGACGUGUGGAAAUCCUUUUAGCUUUUAAUAAAGUCGCCAAAUUCACGCACGGUUGGGCGUCCUGUUCAAGAAUCUGCCCACCAUCCAGGUCUGAUUUGAUGACACACUGAAGGGUGUGAAUCAAGACCGAAAACGUCACCGUCGUGUAAGACGGGUUUCUAUCUCAAAAGCAGGGGCCUGUCCUUAGCGUCUCCUGCUGGGCUGGGAUUCCGCAGUGUGGUUUGGACUCACACGGGACUCGCACACUGGGUGAUACGGUUCAUCUAGGACACACCGGCCCGUGACACUAAGUGGGUGAGGUAGAAACCAUCGCUGUCGUGCGUGUGUCCUGUGCGGUGCUCACCGCCGGGAGCCGGGUCCGCACAAAGCCUUCUCUGUGUGCGUUGUCACAGAUCUCGUUCCUGUCCCCGGCUUUUCUCGGAGCUCCGUCACCUCGUGACACUGAGGAAUGCCAAAGAACGCUCGGUCCCCCAGCUUCGAGCUUUCCAAACGUAACGUAAUUAUUCCAUGGGGAAGAGUUCGUGUUUGUGAUAUGAGUAUUCAUGAUUUAAGAAGACCGCUUUUAGUGGUGAGGGAAGACUCACCACUUAGAGACUGAGGCAGGGAGGCUGUCUGCGGGAGGCCCGAGGCUCCGGCCUCAAGAACCCGCGUGCCUGCAGACGGACAGUCUGUGAGAGCCUCCACGGGGCUCCCAGUCUGUCCGAUUCUUUUCUCUCCUCCUCUUCCGGUAGGUGCUUUCCUCUACACCUAGAGGAAAUUUAAACUCUGCCGGAAUAAAUAGAAUGUUCCUCUGGGCGCUGUUUACGCCUAACUUAACUCUCAGCAGUACUAGAAAACAUGCCUGGGUGUGUCCGAUCUGAAAGUAGGAGGCCGUUCACAUUUCUUGUGGCGUUAGUUUUGGGCCAAGCUCACCGUAUUUCAGACAGCAAGGAAAUUUCUUGUCUUUCUCACUUUCUUUGUCCUAAGUCAUCAUUUCCACGGAGUCUCCUUUUCCUUUGUCCGAGCCGUGAUGACACUUUUAUGACCUCAGAGUUAGGAUUCCUUUCCUGUUUUUUAAAACCAGACCCACUCUUGGAAAUUGGUUUGCAUCCUCCUCAGGGUUCGGCAGACGUGGCUCAAGUAAAGCCUGAUCCCUUUCCUGAGGUCGUUUCUGCUGCCUGCUCUUGGGGCCUCUCUGCCUCAAACUGCUGACUUUCCUUGUGCAGAAGCAACACAGUGUCCCCACCCGGGGAGGGGCCACCUGUGGCCCGGAGCUCCCGAGGGAGGUUGUGCAGCUUGGGGUCAACGGAGACGAGGUCGGAGAGGCUGGUGUGUGGAAGGUCUGAGGGGUGCGGGGAUGCGGGGGUGCUGGAUGUCCUCUGUCACCUGGCUGGGCGCCCACCGUCCUGGCACCGGAGUGGCCUGGUGCUGGCCAGGUCCCGCCUUCGCGUCCAGGAUCUGCUGGGCCAUCUUCAAGUUCUCUGCUCGGUUUUGGCUACAAGUCUUGGAAACUGGUUUUAGUGUAAAGUUAGAGUAAUUUUAAGGAAAGUCCACUUGUGCCUGCGUCCGUGGGCUCCGGGGGUGAAGGACCCAAGAUCAAACCAGGAGGUAAGUGUAUAUCAUCCUCAGCCUCCCUGUCCCCAGAGGCCCUUCUCCCAGGGCUUGCUGGCGGCCAGUGUGUGUGACUCAGGGUUAGAAAGGAGACUGAAGUGAGACUGGAAACAGGUCUGGCCUUGGCUCCUGGGAGCACGAAUCCAGGAGCGGACGGGCCGUGGACGGGAG